AUGACCGGUGGGCUCGUGUUCUGUGCCUGUUGGCUGGGUGAGCCGUUUCGAGGUGCGGGUGCGCCCUCUCCCCGCACGCCGCGUGCGCGUCGCGCCAUUUGCGGGGGCGUGGGUAACGCUGCCCUCGAAACCCCCCUCGGCCCAAUCCAAUCGCCCGCACGCCGCAACCCUUCCUCCCUCCUUGAUCUCUCUCUCUCUCAGCCGCCACGAACCCUAGCCCCUUUUCCUACGAUCCCGCGGUCGCUGCCCUUGCUCCAUCCGACCUCCCUCGUCAGCCGCCGCCGCUAUGGCUCCUCCGUCCUCCGACUAUGUCUCCGCAAUUCAUCCUCCAUCCCUUUCUGCUCGAGGUGCUCAUCGGCCCAGGUCGUGAGGAAGCCGCGUGAGGAGGAGCCCAGGUCGCGAAGCCGCGUGAGGAGGAGAGACCUCGCCCGAGAAGCUGUGGGAGGAGGGCCUCAACCAGAGAGGAGCGGCUGCCAGCCAUGUAGUCGGCUCAGCUCGACGCCGUCCUUGGCGUCCGGGCCGCGGCAGACCCUAGCGCCAUCCUUCAGGAGUCUUCACGACCUCCAGGUGCGCAUCUUUCAGGAUUUAAUAAUGAGUUAUCUUGGGCUUCAUUGGACAAAUGAUCUACCUGGAGCAAUGAUACAGCAUACAAUGCGCCAGGUUCUACUGCAACAGUACGACAUACAAAGUGAUGGAGGAGAGGUGUUCAGAGAAAGAGUUAUACAUGUGCCAGGUUCUGAAGUAUGAGGAUCCGGUGCGACAGGAAGCAGCUCUGAAUAUGGUUCCUGUAGAUGAACUUAAGGAGAAGGCGCUUAUUUCACUGGCCAAGG